AUGAAGUUCUUUACCGUCGCCAUUACCUUCUUCUUGGCAGCCACCGUGUCUGCGCAGGCGCGCACAGGAGCUAACGGCAAGGCCGAGAUCUUUACGGAGCCGGAUAACUCGCCAGGACUCAACUGCUGCCUGCUCCCGGCCCGGCGCGGCAACAACGACGUUGACAAUUUGUGCGUCAAAGACGACUUCAGAAGCCCGAAUAGGGCGAGGUCGAGGAUCCUUGGCUGGAGCCCGAGGAUCAAGCGGGUCGAUGAGUCUGAGGAGGAGUAG